AUGCCAGACCCCCCAGGACCCACCGACCCAGCCCUGAUCUACAGCAACGGCUGGGCAGGGCUGAGCAUCCUGGAGCCCCAGCCCUGCUGCGAGAGCCGGGACGCCUGGUACUUCAGGGUGGGCUUCUCUUCCGAGCAAAGCCAGCUGGUGUUUGCAGCCAAGGUCCCCAAGGUGGGCUGCUCCAGCCUGGGGGUGCAGAGCUCCCUCGGGACACACUGCAACAUCCAGAGCCUGAUCGGCCGCCUCACUGACCACCUUCCUCAGGAGCUGCAGCUCCUGGGAAGAGAUGGAGAGCAGAACUGGUCCCCUUCUGGAGAGGAGCCAGCUCAUCCUGCCACCCGCCCUGUCCUGCAGGUUCUUCUUUCCCCUGAGGUUCCCUACCAGACCCUGGAGGGCUUUGUGAAGGGAUCCCAUGGUUUGCACAGGACCAGCCCUGGGCACUAUGAACGUCUGGCUUGUCUCCUCCUCCUGCAGGUGUGCAUGGGGCUGGAGCACCUCCACAGACAGAACGUGGGGCUGGGGGACCUCUGCCCCCAGAACCUGCUGCUGGUGCAGUGCCCCUGUCCUGCCCAGAGCCAGCAAGGCAAGGAGGCACCCCUGGGGCUGUCCCUUCCAAGGCUGCUCAUCAGCAGCUUCUUCAAGGUCCAAGACAAGCAAAGACCUUGUUCUACCAGCCAAGAGCAGGACUGGACCAAGGGGCUCACUGCUGCACCCUCCCCAGUGGCAGAUGAGCUGCAGGUAGGCAUGCUGAUCUAUCAGAUCCUGCACGUGGACAUCUCUCUGGAAGAUGCCUUGGGGUUCAGAAACAACAGACUUCCUGAAAUCCCUCCCUUGUCCAUCUAUUCCACGGGACUCAAGCGUCUGGCCGUGCUGCUUCUCCACAGAGAUCCCUGCAAGAGGGUCUCCAUCCAGCAGGCCAGGAGCAUCCUGCAGGUCCUGCUCUGGGGGCCUCGCCAGGAGCUCUUUGCCAGCAGCAAGAAGACCCUCACCCUGCUCAGGAGCUGGGUGGAGCUGAAGAGGGCUCUGCUGCUCCUCAAGUUUGCAGAGGAUUCAGCUGGGGCAGGGACAAGGCCCAGCCUGGAGGACUGGCUGUGCUGCCAGUACUUCCAGAAGGUCACAGAACACACUCUCUACCAAGUCACCCAGGCUCUCUACACUCCCUGA